AUGUCCGACUUCAACGGUCCGGGUGCCUACCGGCUCAUCUACGCCAACAGUCCCUCGGGCUCUCCAGCGGCCGUUGAGAUCAAGGACGGCAAGAAGGACGACAAGUCCAAAGCUGUAAUGAAGGGAAAGGAAAAGAGUGAUAACCAGAUUUGGCACAUCGUCGACCGUGGUGACGGCACGGUUUCCAAACACCGUGAAUAUCUCAUCAUCAAUCGUUUGACUGGUCUCUUCCUCGCCUGUGAAGAGGGCGAGAAAAAGGGCGGACGCGUGACUAGCAAUAGGGAUAGUCCAAACUACAACCGCGUUGGGUGGAACAUCAUUCCCACUCGCAACGACUCUGGAACUUAUUUGGUUACUCCCUUCAACAACAGCAAGCUGUCUUUGACGCCGGAUUACUACAAGCCAGACACUGGCACCGAGCUUACCAUCUAG